UAUCUUAAUAAUGUCAACAAAUAAUACCAUCGAUCACACACUUGAGGAAUCCAGUUACCUUAAACAACAUUCUGAAGAUCGAGCGGAUUAUGCGUUCCCUUUGAGUUUUCAGAUUCGAAGAAAUAAAAGGUCAACUAAAGAAAGCCUUUGGAAAAAGGCUUUGUGUCUCGUACGGGGACAUGGGUUGUAUUUUUACAGCGAUCUUAAUAAUUUAAAUAAGUGUUCUAUUUUUGAGAUCUCCUUAAACUGGUGUACUUUUGAAGAUUGUAGUAAAGAAAAGAUAAAUCGUAUUUUUAAAUUAAAUCAUUUGGGAAAAAGUAAUAUAUUACUGUCUAUUUAUUGCAAAGUUGACGAGGAAGAUGAAUUGAGAGUAAAGAAACUUUGUUCUCAGCGUCCGCUGAGGUCUAUAGUCCCCUCUAAAUCGUCUGAUUUUUCUUCUGAGAAAAACUUUUUUUUAAAGAAAAAGGAUCGUUUGUUUCAUCUUAAAAAACGAGUGACGCCCAUUUCUGAUUUGGAUUUUAAAAUUAUAAAGCAACCAACGAAAACUUUUGGAGUUUCUUUAACUGAAUAUCUUUCUUCGCGCCCGAAUGGGAUUCUUAUUCCUAUUAUUGUCACUAAAAUUAUUGAAGAAUUGAACCGUCGGGGGCUCCAAUUGGAGGGAAUUUACCGCCAAAGCGGUUUUGUUUCCGUUAGAAACGAAUUGAAAUCCGAAUUUGAUAAUAACGAAUUAGAAGUUGAUUUAACGGAAGAAAAAUGGCACAACACACACUCUAUUGCAGCAACUCUCAAAAUGUACUUCCGAGAACUGCCCGAGUCGUUAUUUACCGACUCGUUAGUCCACGUGUUUUCUUCCCUUCAAACGCUUGACGAUUCUGAUGCUCUUUUAGUUUGUUUGUACCUAAUAAAAUACGUUUUGCCUCAGGAAAAUUAUAACACGCUUCAAUAUUUAUUGAAUCACUUGAAUGAUAUCGUUGAGGAGCCUAAAAACUUAAUGGGUUCUGCCCAGCUAGCUAUCUGCUGGGCUCCUUCUCUGUUCGGCGUUGACCAGUUUCCAAUUGCUUCAGGCUGUUUUGUAGUUCAACUUUUGCUGGAGAAUUUAAAAACUUUUUUUGAGUCUUCAUUGGCUUCUGAAGAGAUCAAAAGAAUUCUGAAACUUUUGCAGUCGACCGGAAUUGACGUUUCUUCUUUUCCUGUGUUUGGAGAAGAAAAGAAGAAUUCAGCGGAAAACAGCUCCACUUCGUUUAGUAAAGAAGAGAAUGAAAGCUCGAAUUCGUUUACUUUCGAGUCAUCCGACCCUCAAAAUUCAUUAAAAUUUUCUCCUCACGGGGAUUUUCCCGAAAUACAUAAAAAAUAUUUUUUGCAAGGGCGAUCGAAAAGUCUUCCGGCGAAUAAAAAUUCUAUAAAGCUUCUGAUAAACGCCGAUAAGAAAUUUUUUAAUAAAUCGAGCAAAUCUGAACAUUUUGAUAAGCCAAACUUGGUAGCGUGCAAAAAGUCUAAUGAAAGUGUGCAGGAAAGUUCGAGAAGUUUUGUUAUGAGUAAAAAUCCUGUUAAGAAUUCAGUAGAAAGAUUGGAAACACCGCUUUCAGACAUAGCUAGCUUUUCUGAUUCGAUUUUAUUAGAGCGUAUUAGAAGUACGACGGUUCCUACUGGCGCAGGAUCUGCUUGGAAUAAUAAUAAUAAUAAAGCCAGCAGCUUGUCUUCCGCUUCAUUGGUCGGUAAAAAAACUUUUCAACCAAUUACUCUGGCAGAAAGUACGAAUGAUUUGAGGAAAAAACUUUCAGAAUUGCAUAUAAAAAAAGGAACAUCCUUUUCUGCAGAUCAUGAAGAUGAAGUAAAUGAAAAUAAAAAAAUGGAAUAUUUUUCGCAUUCAAUUUCUUCUUCGAGCGAAUACAAAGUGAUGGCUGAACUUUUAGAUCAAGAAGUUGCUGUACUCGACGAGGAAAUCAAUCAACUAAUGCAUUUACUAUAAAAUAAGUGAGACGUAAAAGCACUGAACAGCGGAAGGAAAUUUAUAUUCUUUUUUUGUAUAGAAACUAAAUUUCUGAUUUGGAUUAUUCGGGAAUUUAUGAUAUAUAGAUUUUUUAUAAAUAAAGCAAUUUUUUUUUCUUU